AUGUCUGAUUUCGCUGCCCCGUCUGGCCCUCCGCCACCCAAGGCGCCCGACGUGCCUCCCGGCUGGGCCGCUCGCUGGAACGCCGAGUACAAGGAAUGGUUCUACGUCAAUCUCAGCACAAAACAGUCUCAGUGGGAGCGCCCAACGGCCCCCGCCGGCGGCCCCGGCGGCCACGACGACGGCCCUCCUCCCUACGACGCCGCCGGCCACAACAGCAGCGGCCCGCAGGACGCCAAGCACAACUACGACGCCAAGCGUGACGACGGCAACCGGAGCAACCCUCCAGCCCCUUACGGCGGCUCCAGCAACGACCACGAGUCCGACGAGGCGCUCGCCCGUCGUUUGCAGGCCGAGGAGGAUGCCCGCAACGGCCACCCUGGCGGUGGUGCUCCCCCCGGCGGCUCGUUUCCCUCGGAGCUGCCCCCUCGCGAGGGUGCUUCCGGCGAGCGCGGACUGCUCGGUAAGCUUAUGGGCCGCAAGAACAACAACAGCAGCAGCAGCAAUCCUGCUGGUGCGUACGGCGGAAGCAGCGGCGGCUACCCUCAGCAAGGCGGUCAGUAUGGCGGCGGCUACCCCCAGCAGGGCGGCCAGUACGGCGGUGGCUAUCCCCAGCAGGGUGGCUACGGCGGCGGAUAUCCCCAGCAGGGUGGUUACCCUCAGCAGGGCGGCUACGGCGGUGGCUACCCCCAGGGCGGUCCCGGCUACGGCGCUCCAGGCUACGGUGGUGCUCCUGGCUAUGGCGGUGCUCCGGGCUACGGCGGCGGUCCUGGCUACGGCGGCGGCGGCUACGGUGGUGGUGGCCGCUACGAGGAGCCCCCGCGACGACAGGGUGGCGGCAUGAUGGGCGGCAUGGGCGGCAUGGCGAUGGGUGCGGGUGCUGGUUUGCUGGGCGGUGUGCUCAUCGGCGAGGCGCUCGAGCACCACGACCAGGACGAGUACAGGGACGGCUAUGAGGACGGCCGUGAUGACAACGGCGGCGACUACGACGACGGUGGUGGUGGCGACUUCUAG